CUUGCCUUCGUGGUGAUCAGUUCGGAACUCCGCGCAUCUCGGUGACUGGUGCUCGCUCACACAUUCUCGCUCGCGCGGCCGACGAUCGGCGCCGCCGUAACUUUUUCAAAGAAAAAGAAAUACCUUCGGGUCACGGGCAUUUCGUCCACUUGUGCUCUCACGCUUGUCAUUUAAUCCCAAAACAUUCAGUGGUUGUUCAUUUCCAAAAAGGGAGCCAGGUGUGCGUCCAUUUCUUAGUUUUCUUGGAAUAUCUUUCAUGCGAGGGAGCUGCUGUACUACUACUCGAAGGUUUGAAAUAGAAAAUGUUUGGCUAACUGGCGGAGCUAAAAGUUUGCGAAGCGCUGAAGUCAGUGACGUCCAGUUCGUUGACGACUCUUCUUUGACCUUUGCCUGAUAGUCCGUGACAGUUAGCAUGUUGCCAGAGGUCCCCCAAAAUGUACACUGGCCCUCGAGACUAUGGAAAUAACCAGUUGUUGGUUCUCGAGGAGGGUCAGAAAAAGCUGCCUGCUGAAAGCGAACCGCCCUCUACCUCCAGCUGCGUUUUGGAAAGCUCUCCGCGGUUUACCAUGGAUUAUUAAAAAGUGGUAAAGAAGACAGACAGCAGAAGACCAUGGCUCUCCUGACGCAGUGAAACCAACUCCCAUUCAGUGAAACCAACUCAAUGGGAAGACGAUGAGGGUAAAAAAACCCCGGGAGAAGACUUAGAUAAACGACUACGAUAUGGUGCACACUGAUAUGGACUGUAAAGGACCAGGGUGUAUGGAAACUUCAGUAUCUCCGGCAACCAGCAGUUUCGUUGAUUCAACUACUGGAAAAGUUCUUAUAGGUAUCCUUCUCUCCCUCGUCAUCUUCCUGUCUAUAUUCGGCAACGUCCUCGUCUGCCUGGCAGUCUACACCGACCGUAACCUGCGCAAGAUCGGCAACCUCUUCGUCGUCUCCCUGGCCAUCGCCGACCUCUUCGUGGCAUGCGUGGUCAUGACCUUCGCCCUGGUCAAUGACCUGCUGGGAUACUGGCCCUUCGGACGCCACUACUGCGACACCUGGAUCGCCUUCGACGUCAUGUGCUCAACGGCCUCCAUCAUCAACUUGUGUGCCAUUAGCCUCGACCGGUAUAUCCACAUCAAGGACCCACUGCGCUACGGACGAUGGAUGACCAAGAGGAUCGUCACUUUGGCCAUUGCUGGCAUAUGGCUCCUAAGUGCGCUCAUCUCCUUCCUGCCUAUAAGUCUGGGACUUCAUUUGCCAGAUGAAAAAAAGCUCCUUCAGCAGCCUCCGUCGCCUGACAAGCACGAGCAGUGCGCCCUGGAACUGAGUCCGACAUACGCUGUGGUGUCCUCAUGCAUCAGUUUUUUUCUACCCUGCUGUGUGAUGCUCGGGAUCUACUCGCGGCUCUACCUCUACGCCAAGAGACACGUGGAAUCCAUCAAGGCGCUUGUGCGACCAGUGACCUUGGGGUCGCUGGAGGGAGACACGUCAAGGCCGAAGAAGGUGGCAGCCCCCUGCCACGUGUCGGAAUCGAAGGCGGCCACCACCGUAGGAAUCAUCGUGGGGACAUUCCUGACGUGCUGGGUGCCCUUCUUCUGCGUCAACAUCGUCGUCGCCUUCUGCGACGACUGCAUACCUCUCAAGGCCUUCAAGGUGCUGACUUGGUUUGGAUACACCAACUCGUCCUUCAACCCCAUCAUCUACAGCAUCUUCAACCAGGAGUUCAGAGAGGCGUUCACUCGCAUCCUCACCUCCAGAUGUCGCCCUUGUCCUUCGCUUUGCUGUUACUGCUGCUGUUACAAGGACCCCUCAGGGUUCCCCACCACCCCUACCACGCCGUACUGCUGCUGCCGAUGCUGCUUCGUAGAGAAAAGGCGCGGGGGCGGCGCCAACGGGGCGGGUGUGGUGGCAGGUAGCCACGCCUGCCUGGAAAUCCCACGCCACCACCAGAACGGGUCGUCCUCCACAGCCCUGACGGAGUACACAGUUCUGGACGCCUCCGCCACACCCAGGUUCUCCCACGACCGCUCCAGGGCCUCUUCUGGAGAGCGCUGCCUCAUUCUGGAACAGAUCUCGGCGAUCUGAAGAUUCCAGAAGGAGUGAUAGGCAACGGGAGACGCUCAUCCGCGAAGUGGACUCGCCAUUUCUUGACCUCUGCUGUACAAUUUUCUCGCUUCUCUCCAGACUUCCCUCCCAGAGCUGUCGGCUCAUCUCUUAGCCUGGACAUUUUUAUUUUUUAUUUUUCAUUUUUGGUCCUUUUCGAGGCCAAAACGAAGAAGAGAAAGCUAUAGAGGUCAUGGCUAAGAUUCCCUGUCAAUUCUCCGGAAGUAGCUUUGGGUAGAGACUUCCCCAUAUAGAGUGAUGAAAGACAUCAUUGAACUCAAAGAUUAUGUUUUAACUGUACUGUGAUGUGAAUUAACUAAGGCCAUAAUCCAAAGAGAGAGAGAGAGAGAGAGAGAGAGAGAGAGAGAGAGAGAGAGAGAGAGAGAGGUGAUUGUUCACAUGUUUUUAUGGUGAGUGCUAAUUUAGUUACAUAUUUGAUUUUUAUUUCGCCAACAGCAGACAUUUUUCCUUUUCGUUUCACUAGUCCAAGGAUAUUUCUGGACUAAUAUCUUCGUUAUCUCUAAAGAGAAGUUUACAUUGUGCCAGUGACGGAAAAAAACAAAUUGUGAAAAAAAAUAUUGUGCCAAUCAGUGAUUUUAUCAGACUCGUAAAAGAUGUAGUGAAAUGGAUAGUUGUUAAUCAAGAACCUGGUGCAAUAAACAAAAAGAAAGAAGAAGACAGGAAAAUAUCUUGUGACUUUUCUUACUGGAAAAUGAGUAGCUGUGAUGGUCGUUAAUUAGUCAUGUGUUCCACAGGUAUAAUUAAAAGAUGAUUGAACUGAAUGACAAAAGGAAGGCUGAGAACGCCUGUUUGUCCAAAGAGUGAAGUAGAGUAACCAAAGUUAGAUAAUAAGGUGACACUGUGCUUGAAAUAUUUUUUAAUGAUUUAAAACUUCGCAUUCAUUAUAUUUGUCGUUUUGAUUUGGCAUCAGUCCUUUGCCCCCUUGCUGAUGGUAAAAUUGCCCAGAGGAGAGUAUGACUGAAGUGGGUUUUGACAAACCUCGGAAUAAUACGUCUAAAUCUCCUCCUGUCUUGGCCUAAAUUAUGCCGCAGGUGCGCUGUCAGGGAUGCAUUGAUUGAAAAGAAAAUCAGUUCAAAGAUUUGUCGAGAUAUUGUGAAGCACAUUGGAAAACACACGAUGCUGAGUUGUUUGUUUGUUUGUGUUGAUAUUUUUAUUCUCACGUCAAGUAUGAAAAUGUUUGUGUAUGCGUAAAAUAAAAUGUGUCACAUUUGCAUAAACAUCCAUGAUAGAUAGAUAGAUAGAUGUUUAUUGAUAGACAGAAAGAUAGAUGGAUAGGUAGAGGUUGAUUGUAGAUAGAUAGAUUGAUAAUUAGAGGUUUAAUGUAGAUAGAUUAAAAAGUUUUUUUUUUCCUUAGAUAUGUUUUGUAUUUUGUUUCCAAUGGCCCUCAGACGUGUUCUCACGGUUCAAAAGUCUGUGGAUCUUAUAUUUAAUUUCUUCUCAUCUGCUCGUUUCUGAGUUUCAGGAAAUGUUCCACAAAGUUUUGUUUUUUCAUUCUUCAUCUUUUUCUCCAUCAGUGAAAACUUCCAAGAAACUUAUAAGUCCCUUCUCGUUUUAAAAGGAGACUUUUCUCCUAGGUAAUAUCAAUAUUUUUUUUUACUAGUUCUUCGUUGCCUUUUUUUUCUAGUAUCUCCUAUUAACUUUUGUGACAACAAAGUGAAAAAAACCGAAAAUAUCCGGGAAUACAGAUACAGCUGCCCCCAACGAGCUUCUGAGGCUUCGUUAUCGCACCCUGGCAACCUACCGUUAAGACAUCGGGCACACUGUUGACUGCUAAGUUACUCGGGCAGGAUAAUAAGUCCUUUCAACUCAUUGGUUGUGGUUAUACUACAGAGGUCAAUAAAUAUUACAUUUGUGUAGAAUUCAUUAGAAUGACAAAGCUUUUAAGCAACGGCGAUUGAAUUACUAAUAACGCUACAGUAACGAUGAUAAAAUAACAUUAACAUUAACCAAUAAUUUGAUGGAUCGUUUAAAGUUAAUUCUGCCUUCUGCCAAUGAUAACGUAGAGAUAAUCGACGACAAUUCUCCCGAAAACAGGCAAGAUAUAAUUGAGAGCUGUCACUAGGGCACAAACACGGGUGGCCCCUUACUGACUGCUAGGUACAUUUGCUGGAUGGAUAUUAGGGCUGUGGUAGCUGAGUGGUAUUCGUUCGGGGCAUGAUAGGUUUUCAUUGGCGCAUGACAUUAUCAUCCGUGUGAGCUAAGAAAGCGAGCUGAGGACGGAGUGCGUAGGCCUACCUGCUGCUACAUCAGCAGUCGUCACCUUCUUUACUUUCAGACUUUUAAGAUUCCUGAACAACAGAGGACUAAACAUAAAUAAGCAAAUAACAAAUCCUGUAGACGAGAGAUUUGGAAUUUUUAGGUGGCAAAGAAGCUUUCGGACCUACUAAUAACACGUCCCACGUCCGUAGCGCUUCUUCUUUAACAGUAGUUUCCGCCUUCUGUUGCCGUCAGUUGUGUAACUGACAAGGCUCCAGAUAUUUUCAUGAAUAUUCCUUCAGUUAUUUGUGAUAACACUUUUAGGAAACCAGCGACCUCCUCCUCCUCCUCCUCCUCCACCACCCUUCCCCCUCCCCACUCCUAAAGCAUCAUUUACUUCUUAGAUUUUCUCUACUUGAACACUUUAAAGAGUGUGAAUCACUGAACAGAUGAAAUUCAAUCGUUAACGUCUUUAUCAAUAGGCCCCGCUUUCCCAGUAAGAUUUAUCAAGUGAACGUUAUGUGUUUAAGUUUUUCCAUUCUUUUAAAAGAUUGAUGAACGGGAUGAAACUUAAAUAAUAAACGUUUAUUGAGAGGGGAUUAAGUUGAACUUAGAUUUUAAAAGGGUUUGUAGAUGGACAAGUUGAAUUUAGUUGUUGAAAGGUUGUGGGGAGGUGGUUUGUUAAGGGAAGAUAAUAAGCUUGCUAUUGAAAUGUAAUAUUGAGAAGAUUAAGUUAAAAUUACAUCAUGGGAUGAUAAUGAAGCAGAACUUGGAUGUUCAAAGAUUAUGAAUAACUGAUUAGGAUUAUCGUAGUUGCUAGAAAAUUAUUAGGAUGUGAUUAAGUUAAGCUUAGAUACUUUCACUGUAUGUGAAACUUAGAUAUUUAGAAAUUAUUGAGAGCUAAACCUUAGAUACUAAAAUCUUUUGGAGACAGGGUUAAUUUAAAAUUAGAUACUGGGCGAUUACAGUGAAAUAGCAAUAAUACCUUCUUCAGAUCUUGCCAAUCCCAAAUAGUGUUUCAUGAAAUCUAUAAAAGUUUUCAAGACCCAUAUUUCUCAUUAUCAGGAUAGAGGAAGACAAGGCACGUCUUAUUGGUAAUUAAAUGCGUCCACUGCAUUACUUCGAAUUCCUGAAAAAACACUGCAUGAAAGCAAGCAAGGAGAGAUCACUGAAAAUAAACUCGCAAUGACGUCUUUCAGAAAUCACUUCAAAUUUUGCUCAAGGGUAAUUGACGGGUUGAGUCGGGGAAAAAGGUCAAGCCAGGUGAACUUCUAAACGCAGGGCUUCAGGGAUGAGGGUAUUUUUGGGGAGUCAAAUAGGUAAAGUUUCUUGGGAUGAUGACAAUACUUACGACUACUUUAUUACUUUUUUUUUUUUUUUUUUUUUUUUACAAUUUGAGCACUAGUUUAUU